AAUUAAGGAGAAAUUAUGGGCCUCUGGCCGCUUCUGUUGUUUCUCCCGCGCGAACUUGUCGCUGCUCCUCCACGCCCCUGCCAGGCCUCGUCCCCCGACGCCGCCAUGUCCGCGCUGGCCCCGCGCCUGCUGAGCGGCCUGACGCGCCCCGCCUGCGGCCUCCUGCGCGUGCGGCCGGCCCGGGAGGAGCUGAGCCUGCUGUACAAGGCCAUCGCCAUGACAACCUCCUUCGUUUGCCUCUUCCUGCCCGCUGGCUGGAUCUUAUCCCACCUGGACAGCUACAAGAAGAAGGAGUGAAGGGGUCCUUCCCUGCGGCGUCACGUGACCUCGGGACCUGCCUGCGCCCCUCUGGACCACAAGCUCUUCCCUGCAUUCCGAAUUCUGCCCGCACAAGCAGUUUUCUGAUGAGUUAAUUAAUCAUGACCACUUGAUUUUUCCUUUGGAGUUGCCAGGCUUAGUGCUGUAUGUUCUGGGCUGGCCAGAUGGGACCUCCUCAGCAUGUUAAAAUAAAGCCAGUUGAAAGCCUCUCUUUAAAGUCAAAAAAAAAAAAAA